AUGGACGACAGAUCGAAGCACAACCAAAUGAUUCUGGAGGAUGUGUGGGCUAGUUUCACUAGUGGCACUAGCACUGAUAGAUCCAUGCAACAUAAGCCAUGCCAAACGCAAGAAGAUGAGGAAGAUGGCCUCCAAACAACCAACGACAACCUUCAACUCUUACAGAGGCUUCCAAGCCUUGGUAGGUGGAUCUCCAUGGGAGCUGAGGUAUGGGAGGAAUUGCUCAAUGAUGCCUCCAUUCUCGCUUCACCUAGUUCUAAUAAGCUUAACACAGACUCUAAUUCUACCCCUAACGAUAAUAUCAACACUACAUCAAAAAAAGAUGAUAUGAGGCAUUACAGAGGGGUGAGGAGGAGACCUUGGGGCAAAUUUGCAGCGGAGAUAAGAGAUGCUACGAGAAAGGGUGCUAGAGUUUGGCUUGGAACAUUCAACACUGCUGAAGAAGCUGCCAUCGCCUACGACAGAGCUGCCUUGAGGAUCAAAGGACCGAGAGCUCAUCUCAAUUUCCCUUUGGAGAAUGUCAUUAAUACCUAA